GCCAGCUUGCAUUGAUUGGUCGAGCUAAAACUUGGCCCAGCCUAUAAAUAGACGUCAAUGCUCUCUCAGGAUUCAUAUGCAUAUAAAACCUGCAGUUCACACUUGGAGAUGGAGCAAGGCCACAUAGAACAGACUUACAGCAUUCCACCAUCUGCACCAUGCACGGUCGAUACGCAAGCCACGGAGAAAGAGAAGAAGUGGACAUUGCCCGAGACGGUGGCCAAAACCCGCAUGGAUGGCGGCGAACACAUAGGACCGAUGCGAUAUUCGUGGCCGAUACAAACCGCAUUCACAAUGAGCUACCUGAGGCCCGUCAGCAUCCACCUAGGCCUCUUCUCCGAUGACGGCGAACGCAAAAAUUGCCACCAAGUCAAGCUCUCCCAUCUACAGAGACUGGUCCAGCGCGGGCAAGCCACGAGUGGCCUGCAGGACGCUGCCGAGUUCACGCGCCGCAUCCUGAUCCGCUUCGAGGCGCUGGGGAAGGAGAUCAAGGCGCUGCACAGACCGGUGGAAGGCUUCCUUGAAAGGUGGGAACGAAAGCCGGAGACCAUGCUGGAGGAGCUGCUGCUCGACGCCGCCUUCAUCGUCGAGCAGCUGCUGCAGUACUGGGAGGCCGGGACCCGGCCCACGAAGGUGGUGCACGCAGCGCGGCUCUACCGCAACGACCUCGUGCUGUUCGUGAACCAGAUCCCGUACGUGCUCCUCCUGGAGCUGAUAAAGCUGGUGAAGAUCCAGGCGGAGGCCGGGGACGACGUGUUCCUCAAGAGGAUAGCCAUUGGCUACAUCGUCGCCGAGGAGGCCUCGGAGUGGCUGCUCGCCAGCUACGACGGCCCGGUGCGCCACCUCCUCCAUCUGGUGUACCUGCACCUCGCCUCCACCGUGGAGCGGCGGCGGCCUGCUGCGCCGCCGCAGCCGCCACGGCGGUGGGGGUGCUGCAAGGCACUGAGGCGCGCGCACGGAACGACGACGGCGGUGGCGCCUCUUGAUAACAGGUGGUGGUCGCACAGCAUGAUCCCUCCGGCGCGAGACCUGCACACGGCAGGCAUCGUGGUGCGGCCGCCAGGGAAGAACAAUUCCAAGGCGAUGCGGCGGUGCCUGGCGGACGUGCGCUUGCGGGCCCGGGUGCUAGAGCUGCAGCCGCUCGACCUGAGUGGGUUCGACUUCCGGCUCCUGGCCAACCUAGUGGCGCUCGAGCUCGAGUGGGGCUGGGAGAGCAGCCGCCGGCUGUUCCUAAGCUACCUGGUCUUCAUAAGCGAGCUCGUGCCAUCGGAGAUGGACUCGGUCCUGCUCGAGACGGCAGGCGUGCUACUAGGUGCUCAGGAUGGCAUCGUCGUCGAGCUCAAGCCGGUCCCGGUGUGGUUUCUCCUUAAUCAGCUUGCCAAUUUCAACGAGGGGGGCGAGCUGCAUCCUCACUUUAUGGACCUUGCCCGUGAACUGAGCAGCUCCUACAGCCUCAAACGCGGUACUUUGUUUGCCAGAUCCUCGUGCUAGGCUGCUAGCUUCUUGGGAUAACAAAAGUAUUAUUCCUGCACCAGUCGAUCCAUAUUACUCCCCUCGUUCCAAAAUAAAUGUUUUUUUCGGAUCAUCUAGAUAUAUAAUUUUUAUCAUGUAUCUAGAUACAAUCUAUAUUUAGAUUUAUAGUAAAAACUAUGUAUCAAGAAAAGCUAAAACUACAUUUGUUCUGGGAUGGAGGGAGUAUGUAUUUACACCUUACACCCACCCUUAUUAUGCCACAGUGUUUGCCUAAACAUAUGUGAACCGUCGUUUACACGCGUGCAAACUGUAAACGAAGGGUAUGCAUUUAUUUUAGGGCCUAGUCACCCAAUUAAACCCUAAAUGCGUGAAACGGUCAACUUGGUCAAAAAAUGGUGCAAACAGUGAAAUUAAACAGAAGUUAAACACAUUUGCACAC